AUGUAUGAACAUAUAUGCGAAUAUAGACUCCAGGAAAAGCAGAGUGCAGCGAUCACCACGAAGCAUUAUCUGCGUCCUGGGGCGAUGAGCUAUCCACCACCACCACCUCAUAACGGCCAAUAUCCUUCGCAGUACCUGCAGCAGCCUCCUAUUCAACCCCAGCAGACCAUCCAGCCGCAGCAGCUACUGUACAAUAAUGCCCACCCGAACGUUUCGCCAUAUCAAUAUGGCAAGCCAGUCGUUUACCCUCAGGUCAUGAUCCCGGCGUAUCCCGCCUAUACACACCCGUAUAAUCAACAGCCACAACCACAACCACAACCACAGCCUCCACCUCAACCUCAACCGCCGCCGCCGCAACCACAACCGCAACCGCAACCGCAACAGCAACAGCCGCAACAGCAAUAUGUGAACCCAUCCGACUUGUUCAACACACCACCCCUCCCUUCGAUAUCACCCUCCCAGUUUACCCAGAGGCCAUCUCAAUAUGGUGGACAACCUGCGGCCUCUACCGCCGCAGCCAGUAGCCUCUCCGCAGCACUCACCACCCCCGCCGCAACGCAACCAACGUACUACACAGCUGCCGGCCCAAACCAAGGGAACCAGGUCUAUAGCAAGCUUCCACAGGCCACACCAAGUGCUACACCAAGUACAACACCGAAACCUACCCCGAAGCCUACGCCGAAACCAACACCAAAGGUUACACCAAAGACGAUGCCCAAGACUACCGCCGCGAUUGCACCAAAUCCCCCAACUGUUCGACCCCCACCUGUUACCGCAACUCCCCCGGCACUAUCACCCAAACCUGUACCCCAAGUAUUGAUCCCAGCCCCUUCCCCAGAAAUACAACAGAAAUUACAACGGCCGCCGGCCAAGAAGCAAGCGCAGCGACAAGCUGGACAAAUGGGCCCCCAAAAACCAGCAAAGCCUGCCAUCGACUAUCAGGUCCUGCUCCUGGCGAUGGCAGAUGAAUAUCUCAAUGCGGCCCACAAUAACGGAACCAUGGUCGCCUUGCUGAAACAAGAAUUGGAAGUGGAGGAAUACUAUAAGUUGGUUGCAACAGGUCUUGGUUGCUUGGAGGCGGUGUUGAAGAACUGGAGAUUGCAACCCCGAGUCGAAGCGCUUGUGCGAUUAAGGUAUGCGCGCAUUCUGUUCGAGGAGACGGACAACGAUCUCGAAGCGGAGACCGCAUUGAGCAAAGGCAUUGACUUGUGCGAGCGGAACCGUAUGCUGGACUUAAAAUACAGCAUGCAACAUCUUUUGGCACGGAUGCUACAUAAGACAAACCCUAAGGCCUCAAUGAAAGCUGUGGAUGGGAUGAUCCAGGAUGUAGAAGCAUAUCGCCACUCUGCCUGGGAGUAUGCAUUUCGUUUCCUUCGGGUAUCCCUCUCACUGUCUUCCUCAGGUCACCAAGACUCCGUUGCAGCUCUGCAACAUCUCCACAAGAUCGCUAAUAUGGCCAACCGCAAUGGUGAUAAGGCUGUUUCGGCCAUGUCGGCCGUCAUCGAGGCCCUUGCACACCUCCAACAGGGAUCCGGCUUCGACUCCAUUGAACAGGCUCAACGUGCCCUGGCGGUUGCUCGGAGUCACCAGCUUAAUGAUGAGCUUCGUCAUAUACCGCAGCUGACGACACUGGUGCAAAUGGUCGAUAUUUGUUGCAGCCUUCUUGAAUAUGACAUCAAUCAAUCUUCACAGAAGCUGAAGAACCUACAAGACUUGAUGGACGAGCGAUUGAACGACCCCAACUGGCGUGCCGAUGGAUCGUUCUCCAUACCUCUAAGCGGGAAAUCAGCAGGACCAUCGUCAAUAGACACGGGGGACAUUCUUCAGGUCCAGAAUGGCACAUUGCUCUUGAGCUUUAAUUGGCUACCUCAGCAUGAUCUUUAUGCGCUUUGCUAUUUCUUAAGUUCAAUUACGCUCAGCUGCAAGAACUCAUACGAUGGCCGUAAAGCCGAGAAAUUCCUCCAGGAGGGGAUACACAUGAUACAAGGCAAGCGCCACGUCCACUUUUGCUUCAAAUCGCCACAGGACAUCACCGAGUCAAUGGUCAAUGCGAAUAGGCGGGUAGAAUGGCGCAGGACGCUGUACUGCAACCUCCUCCUUCAACAAGUUUUCCUUGCCUGUGGCCGCACGGACUGGGACCUUGCCAGCAAAACGCUGAAGGACCUCCGACAGGAAGUCCAAGAGCUUGGCGAGUGUCUACCUGAUACUGUCCAAUGUCUGAUGGAGUAUGCUGCGGGUACCAUUGCACAAGCAACUGGUGAUCUGAAAGCUGCUCUCGAUGCGUUUCAAUCCCCUCUUCUUUCGUUAUCUCCGUCGACGAGCAAAACAGCCCGCAAUGACCCCCGGCGUGACAUUGCACUUCUUGCAGCUCUCAAUACCGUUCUCAUACUACGUGAUCCAGCUCAUGCGUCUCAUUUUCAGCUCCCCAACAUUCUGGCAACUGUUGAGUCGUUUUGCAAGGGUAGCCCCAACAAAUAUAUCCAGGCAGCUUACUAUCUUGUAUGCGCUACCGUACAGACCGAAUCAACCAUACAGACCAAGCAGUUCCUUCAGCAAGCUUUGCAGUCAGCCACAGCAAUCAGCAAUAGUCAGAUUACUUGCAUGACCCUAACGUUCAUGAGUUGGAAGUAUUUCCGUGGGGUUGUCGGUGAACAGGCCGAAAAGAGCGCACGAGCAGGGCGUGCAAUGGCAAAGAAAGCCAACGAUCGACUCUGGGUCAGUGUCACGGACGAGAUGCUCGCUGAAACUCUGGAGAGGCAGGGAAAGAAUGAUGAAGCGAAAGGUGUCCGCGAGGAGGGCCAUCGAGUAAUGAUGGGAUUACCGUCAGCAUUGAAAAAGCCCGCCUAG